AGAGAGAGAGAGAGAGAGAGCAAGCAAAGAUAGAGUUUGCAUUUAACCAGAGAAGAGGAAUCAGUACUUUAUCUUCUUGUUGGAACUUGCGCUUUCACUAUUUUUAUUUCAGAGUUUAGAUAUAUACAUACAAAGACUGGCUUUAUUUAAUAAAAGUCAGAUUUUUCUCUCUUCCAAGACUGUCUACACUACCCAUAAAUUAAUAUUGCUACAUUAUUAGAUAUAAACUUCCCCUCCACGGUAUAAGGGAGGGAUGCCGCAGUUAAACGGCGGUGGUGACCCAGAGUUGGGUGCGAACGACGAGAUGAUUUCGUUUAAAGACGAAGGAGAGCAAGAGGAGAAAAUCCUGGCAGAGAUCAGUGGCGGCGAAGAACGGGAUCUCGCGGACCUCAAGUCAUCGCUGGUCAAUGAAUCGGAGAUCAACCCAGGCAGCGGAGACAGCGGCGGCAGCAACUCGCGGGAGCCCGAGGUGGGCAGACGAUUGCAGGUUAACGAGGAUUCCUUUCGGGAUAAAGUCCGCCGUCCGGGCACCGAGGAGGGGAAACGGCAGGAUGGAACGAUGGGUCCGGCCUUCUGUGGUUACCAGCCCAGCUACAUUAUGAUCCCUAACCUUAGCAAUGAGCCGUACGUGAACAACGGUUCCCUCUCCCCUUCGGGCGCAAGAACGUCAAACAAGGUGCCUGUGGUGCAACCAUGCCACGCAGUUCAUCCUCUAACCCCUCUCAUCACAUAUAGCGACGAGCACUUUGCGCUGGGAUCUCAUCCGACACAAAUCCCCACAGACACCAACUCCAAGAGAGGCAUGCACAGACAUCCCCCAGGCCCUGAUAUCCCCACCUUCUAUCCCUUGUCUCCAGGUGCUGUCGGACAGCUCACACCUCCUCUGGGCUGGUUUUCACAUCCCAUGGUUCCUACCCACCCCGGUCCUCACACAACUGGAAUUCCUCACCCAGCCAUUGAGAACCACCAAAUCAAGCAGGAGCCCAUUCACAAUGAGAUUGAACUCAUGAACACAAAACCUCAGCAUGAAACGAGGAAAGAGCAGGAGGCCAAGAAACCUCACAUCAAGAAGCCUCUUAAUGCCUUCAUGUUAUACAUGAAGGAGAUGAGAGCAAAUGUGGUCGCAGAGUGUACACUGAAAGAGAGUGCCGCCAUCAAUCAGAUUCUUGGCAGAAGGUGGCAUGCUUUGUCUCGUGAGGAGCAGGCCAAGUACUAUGAACUGGCUCGAAAGGAGAGGCAACUACACAUGCAGCUUUACCCAGGCUGGUCUGCAAGGGAUAACUAUGGAAAGAAGAAGAAGAGGAAACGUGAAAAGAUGCAGGAAACCACUUCAGGCCACUCACCAAAGCUCCUCCUCCUGCAGCCAGGAGAGCAGGAUGGGUUGGGGCACAGACUUCUCCGAGACUGUCAGCAACGCUGCUCCAUCAUCAGCCAGCAGAAAGCACAGGUCAAGUGGGCUGAGCCAGACGAUGGCAGCUUUUUCCCUCCUCCAGAGAUGGAACGCCUCACGUCUAAGUGGUGCUCUAUAUAGCAGCCCACCUGAAAACUGACACACUCAAAAUCAAAACUCAAACAAACACUCCCCCGGCUGAGGCAGACCGUUCCGAGCGGCGGACUCGGGACUCGGGACCUUGUGGUUGGGACGUAAGCACUCAAUGACGAGCAAUUGGGCUGAUGGCAGAGACUGUCGUUUCAACCUCAUCAGACUGCUGGAUGCAAACCAACAAUCGGCUCCUGAUCGCGUCCAUUUUUAUUUCCCAUUUUACAAGCUCUUACCAAGGAGUUUCUUGCCAACGUAGGCUGCACUUUGCACUGCUUACUGCUCCCAGCCUGAAGUGAAACCAGCACCCUAUAUGUGUAUGCACACACACACACACACACACACACACACGACACACACUUACACACACCUACACACGCAAAAAGCCCAUGAGACCUCCCUCCUCCCCAUCUUCAUCCAGGGAGUCAUUCUACUUGUGUAGAAUGUGUGCUGCAGUGAGGACUUGAGGGUUUUUUUUCUCGUAAAGAUUUUUUUUUAGAUUUGCAAGAUGGACCCUCCAAGUUCGCCCUCAGCUCCCUGCUAUGGUACACAUGCACUAUCAUUGCUUUAAUUGUUUGGAAGAAUUGUUAUUGCAAAUGGGAUUGGAGGGAAUUAUGACAGAUAUAUUGUAUAGAUUCCACUGGUCUUGUUAAGGAGAAAGGAAAUUUGUACAGUUCCCAAUGUGAGCCUUGCUGCCGCUCCCUAGCAUUUGGUUCUUACCUCUUCUGGUCAUUAUUGCACUUCAUUGUUCUUGCCCAGAAGCACUGUGAUGCCACCAUCAGUGGCAGUUCAUUAUUGGUGAAUGGUACGUGUGCUUCAAGGAGGUUGAUUUGAUUGAGAUGGAGCGUGGUUUCCUUGUAUCCCUUCCGGCCCCCCCCCCCCACCCCGCAGCUAUCCAUCCGCCUCAUUCCUCCCAGGACUGGAUGCGGAGAGGAAAUGCCGUCAAGGCCUAAUCAGCCCCCUUGAAACAUUGCUGCUCUGUGUGCUGGUCCCUGCAGAACCCACGUGGUCAGAAUUAGCCUAUGAGCAGAGGCCGAUAGUUCAAGCUCAGCAACCCUGAGACACCUAUGCUCUUUCCUUCGAGCUAAUGGAGGACUGUUUUAUUAGAAGAACUGGAACAAAAAUAUUCAAAGGUGUCUUUAUUGUUGAGUGUUUUGAUUGAAUUGAUGGGACAGAUUUGUGGCAAAGAGUACUUUCACAUUGCAAGUAGAGCAGGGAUUAUUGAGUAAAGCUUUCUUGUGAGCUGUAUCACUAUACUAUUUCUUUUGAAGCAGAUUUGUUGAAAAUAUUGGAAUUUAAAAAAAUAAACUCAAAAGCUGUUUUUUUUUA